AUGGCGUCGGAGUCGCGAUUCUCAUCGCAGUUCAAGAACCAGGGUAAAGAUCAAGAAGCCCUGCGCAAAAGCCGAGCCGAUGAGGUCGUCACCAUCCGUAAGGACAAACGCGAGGAUCUUCUCAGCAAACGUCGCAACUUGGCUGAGGUUGAGGGCGAUUUCGGAGCUGGACCUUCGGCUACGACUCCUACGGGUCAUGCGCCGACUCAAAUGGACGUACAGAUGCUGAACGAGAUGUUCAUGGGCGUCGUCAAUGCUACGGAUCCGGAAACUGCCGAACAAGCAUCGACUACUUUGCAGGAGGCCGUGCAGCAGGUGCGCCGUAUGCUCUCUACCGAGCGCAACCCUCCCGUCGACCAACUGAUUGGCAGCGGCGUGCUUCCGAUCCUCGUUCGCUGCCUGGAGAAAUCUUUCUCCGUCGGUAUCCAGUUCGAGGCCGCCUGGGCCCUCACCAACAUCGCCUCGGGCACUUCUGAGCAGACGGCGGCCGUUGUUGAGGCCGGUGCUAUCCCGCUUUUCCUUGAACUGCUUUCCUCCGAAAGCGUGAACGUGUGCGAGCAAGCGGUUUGGGCUCUUGGAAAUAUCAUAGGAGAUGGUCCACACUACCGCGAUUUCUGCAUCCAGCAGGGCCUUGUCCAGCCUCUCCUGUCUUUCAUCCGCCAAGAAACUCCCAUCGGAUUUUUGCGCAACGUUACUUGGGUGCUCGUCAACUUGUGUCGCAGCAAGCCACCGCCCGCCCGCGAGCUGAUACAAGUGCUGCUUCCCGCGCUGGCUAUCCUCGUUCACCACACCGACACCCAUAUCCUGGUCGACACGAUCUGGGCCAUUUCGUAUCUGACGGACGGCGGCAACGAGCAGAUACAGAUGGUGAUAGACAGCAAGAUCGUCCCAGUUGUCAUCCCUCUCCUUUCCCACAACGAAGUUAAGGUGCAAACAGCUGCCCUUCGGGCUGUCGGCAACAUAGUCACCGGAACGGAUGACCAAACCCAGUUGGUCCUCGACCACGGCGUUCUCCAUCAUAUGGGAAAACUGCUCAAUCACGCCAAGGAAAAGAUCAAUAAAGAAGCUGCUUGGUUCCUCUCUAACAUCACUGCCGGAAACGUACAACAAGUGCAAAUGGUUUUCGACGCCGGCCUUGUACCGACGUUGAUCAAACUGCUUUCCGAUGGAGACUUCCAAACCCAAAAAGAAGCUGCCUGGGCCCUGUCGAAUGUUACGAUCUCCGGAAGUCCCGCUCAGGUGCACUCUAUGGUACAGAUGGGCGUCGUUCAGCCGAUGUGCAAGCUGCUCGACAUCAAGGAUCCUCAGAUCAUCAACGUGAUCCUCGAUGGUCUGCAGAAUAUUCUGAAGAUGGCCUCCGACGAUCAGGCCGCACUCACCCAUCUGACAAACAUUAUCGAGGAAUGUGGUGGAUUGGACAAGAUCGAGCAGCUCCAAAACCACGACAAUGAGGAGAUCUAUAAGAUUGCUUAUGAGAUUAUAGACCAUCACUUCAGUGUGGAGGACGAUGAAGAUCCGCAGCCUGGAACCGCCGGCGCACUGGAUGGAGCCCCGUCUUCCCAGUGGAGCUUC